AAAUUCACUGCCAGUACUGAAAAUCUACAGUUUACGUCACGUAUAUUGUAGAUUUUCAGUACUGGCAGUGAAUUUCGGAACGCAGCCAUAGUCUGAUGCAGGCUUUACGAAGAAUUGAUCCAAAUGUUGAUAGAUGGGUGUGUGUGCAUACCUGUAAGCGCUAAAAAACAAUAUGGCUGCUUACAGUGAAAGCUGUUUGGAACGCUUAUACGUUAAUUGACAGGUUAAAUCUUCAGAAUAAACACAAUUUUUUCAAUCUUCUAAUUUGUUUAAACUUCUAAAGUUGUAAGAAAAUUAUUAUGGGUGAUACACAAAAAAAAGAAGAUUUGCAGGAUGAAGCGCAAGUGGCAAAAAGUGCUGUUCUGGCUUCGAGCAGCUCUUUGCCAGCUGGUGCAGCUAUAGUAAAAGGUUAUGAUUUUAACAAAGGACUGAACUAUCAUGAAUUAUUUAAGACUAUGAUGCAUUGUGGAUUCCAAGCUACAAAUUUUGCACUAGCGAUCGAAGAAGUAAACCGAAUGUUGUAUCAAAGGAACAUACCACUCGUAGAAGAUCAAAUGGAUACGAUAGAAGAAGAUGAAUUCAUAAAAAGAAAAUCCCAUUGUACGAUAUUUCUGGGUUACACAUCGAACAUGGUGUCUAGUGGUAUUAGGGAAACCAUAAGAUUUCUUGUACAGCAUAAACUGGUAGAUUGUCUCGUGACCACAGCCGGUGGAGUAGAAGAAGAUUUCAUAAAAUGUUUGGCACCCACAUAUAUUGGCAGUUUCUACUUGGAUGAUAGACAGCUUAGAGAUAAAGCACUCAACAGAACUGGAAAUUUAUUAGUGCCGAAUAAUAAUUAUUGUUUGUUUGAAGAUUGGCUGAUGCCAAAAUUAGAUGCAAUGCUGGCUGAACAAAAGGAGAAGGGUGCUUUAUGGACGCCGUCUAAAAUGAUAACAAGACUCGGUGAGGAAAUCAAUCACGAAGAUUCAAUUUAUUACUGGGCCGCAAAGAAUAAAAUACCAGUAUUUUGCCCAGCGUUAACGGAUGGUAGCCUUGGUGAUAUGAUGUUCUUUCACUCGUUCAAAAAUCCUGGACUCGUACUUGAUAUAAACGCGGAUCUUAAGAGAUUAAACAGAAUAGCUAUGAAAGCGGUGAAAAGCGGUAUGGUAAUCGUCGGAGGUGGUGUAAUAAAACAUCACAUCUGCAAUGCUAAUCUCAUGAGGAACGGUGCCGAUUAUGCCGUCUUCAUCAACACUUCUUCGGAGUUUGAUGGCAGUGACAGUGGCGCUCGUCCCGAGGAAGCAAUUUCUUGGGGAAAAAUACGGAAAGACGCCACACCUGUUAAGGUAUGUGCUGACGCGACUUUACUAUUUCCAUUGUUGGUAGGAGAAACUUUUGUAAGAUAUUAUCAUUCGAGGAUAAAUAACACACGUAAAUAUAGCACUGCGCGUGAGGCAGAUGUAUAAAAAAAUAUUCAGAAGAAUGUAAUGAUUAUAUUGAUGUAUAUAAUU